AUGCUGCAAAUCGGCGCGCAAUGUUCGCACUCUGACUGUGGCGAGGUCGACUUUCUGCCCAUCCUCUGUGUGGCCUGCAAAGACUAUUUUUGUCGCUUUCACGCAACAGUCGACGGCCACUCUUGUAAAAGCGCCAGAUUAGGUCAACAAGCACCAGCAACUAGCUCUUCUCCUCUUCUACGUUGCAGCGCUGGUAACUGUGGGAAGCCCAGUCUUGAAGCCUUCAUCGCCGCUGCCUCUGAUGACCAAGGCCGGACACCCGCCAAAUGCACACAAUGUCAACAGUCCUUUUGCGCCGAACACCGCCAUCCCAAAUCUCAUGGCUGCUCUGAACAAGCACCCGCCCCGCCGCCAAAGAACGACAAGGCGCGGGCUUUGCUCGCCAAACACUUUUCCUCUACCAAAUCCACUACUGCCACCCGCACAGCGUCAAAGCUGUGUUGA